GUCGCGCGUAGACACGGACCGGCGCGGCGCGGCGGCUGAGUCGGCGGCCGCGGCUCCCCGCGGCGGACAAGCGUUCGUCUACCGGCGCGUAUUCACUUGACAGCUGAAACCGUCAACAAAACGGGAACAUUAUUAUCUGUUCGAACUCGUCCGACUCACCAUUCACGCUUACGACGAAACGCGGGUAGCACGUGGCCGACUAAUAUUAGAGCAUGCCACAUCGCGCGCCUCGCCGUCACACCGCGACGCUCGCCGGCACAGCACAACACACUGCACACUGUACACGGUACACGCAUGUACUGACCGCCGGCAUCACACAUAAAUGUUAAUACGAACAGUGCUUGUGAACACCAGCCAUGAGCAUCGGCCGCAAGUGGAGGGAAUAUGUCGCCGCACUCAGUGCUACCUUGAUCACGGCGGCGGCCGGCACCACGGUAGGAUGGACGUCACCCACCCUGCCCAUUCUAAGAGGAAAAGAUUCACCAAUAGUGACAUCAGCGGACCAAGGCUCAUGGAUCACUUCUAUUAUGAUCCUUUGUUCAGCGGCCAGCCCAAUCCCCGCCUCAUACCUCGCAGAUAGGAUCGGAAGAAAGAAGACCCUUCUGUUGGCGUCAGUUCCAUAUAUCAUAGGCUGGAUACUGGUGAUGCUUGCCGGGAAUGUCCCGACCAUUUACGCUUCACGGCUGAUCUCCGGACUAGGGUAUGGGAUAGCCUACACUACAGCGCCAAUGUACCUUGGAGAAAUUGCCUCUGACGAAGUAAGAGGUGCCAUGGCUACUCUUAUCACAGUGAUGUCAAAGUUAGGAAUCUUGUCGCAGUAUUGCAUCGGGCCUUACGUGUCGAUGUUGGGGCUCGCUAGUUUCAACAUCGCGAUACCGAUCCUGUUUGUGGUGACGUUCAGCACAAUGCCAGAGUCACCGUAUUAUUACAUCAAGUCUGGCCAAAAAGAGGAAGCCGAAGCGUCGUUGAAGAAACUACGCGGCAAGAAAUACGCUAGAGAAGAAUUAGAAAGUAUGGUGAAUUUAGUAUCAGAAAAUAUGAAGGAGAAAAGUAGAUGGAAAGACUUAAUAGCAGUCGGAGGGAAUAAAAGAGGACUGAUCAUAUUAAUGGGUAUAUACUUUACACAGCAGUUCUGCGGCAGCACUGCUAUCAUAUCGUACGCCCAAGAAAUAUUUAGUGCCGCCGAAGGUGGUUUGGGGGAGAAAGAGUCGUGCAUACUGUUUGGGACAGUACAGCUACUAACAUCUGCGAUAUCUUCACAACUAGUUGAUAGAUUAGGACGUAAACCUUUACUGCUAAUAUCCUCUUGCGGAGUUGGCCUAGCCAAUGUAAUAAUAGGUGCUUAUUUCUAUAUGAAACAUUUAGACAGUGAAUAUAUUGUAAGCAUAAAAUUCAUUCCUAUUGUUGUGAUACCUAUAUUUAUAUUUUCGUAUACUAUAGGAUUAGCAACAGUGCCUUUCGCUAUAACAUCGGAGAUAUUCCCUACGAAUAUCAAGUCGAAAGCCACGUGCGUGAUACAAAUAUUUGUGGCUUUGUUCACAUUUGCAGUAACUAAACUGUAUCAAGUAGUUGCCGAUAACUUGGGACACUACGUCGCGUUUUGGGGUUUCAGCGCUCUGUCCAUCGCUGGUGUGAUAUUCAUUUUAGUAUUGCUUCCGGAAACAAAGGGUCAAUCAUUUGCCGCCAUACAGGAUAAAUUGUAUAAAAACAAAAAAGUUGUUUACGAAAAAGAUGAAGAUCAAAUGGCUAGAGUAAAAAUAACUUUGUGACAGACUCAUUCACGCGGGAAAUGUUUUUAUAAAUAAUAGAAAACAUUUUAUACGAAGUAUUUUGAUACAGCUUUACUCUUGAAUGCGUGAAAUAAAUUUCACCUACUUAAUUUUUCCGUCCUUACAUUUUUGCUGACAUUCCGUUUGAUAUUGGAGGGAGAAUUACAAGUUAUGAGAAUAUCGCUAAACUUAGAUAAAUCGCGUUUCACGAAUAUUGAAUUUAUUGUAAGAACCGCUCUCUUCUAUCUUUAUAUUGAUAUAUAUGCAUACACAACAACUAUUAUAGUACGUUUAUAACACUCUUCUUAAUGUACUCAAACUUCUUGGCACUGGUUGUCGUGAAUUGAAUUUGGAAUGAGAAAAUGUAUGCAUGUAGUUCAUAGUAAUUCAUCUCGGCAUUUUAACCUGAAUAACCCUUUCUAUGCGCCACUAUAUUUCGUCCGCCAAAUAAUUAUAUAUUAUAUAAUAGUUAUGUGAACGUUGUGUUUGUCGGUCCACAAUUAUUAAAAAAGAUUUUGUCGCUAUGAAAUGUAAUACAUCAUUUGGGAACAAUUUUAAUACGACAGUAUGACAGCGUCACAGAAAGGGUUAAAAAUUUGCCUAAAAAUAUAUUUUUUUCCAUUACGUUUUUAUAAAUUCUCUGAAAUUCUAUUUUAUUUGAGGACAUUCAUUUUCCCAUACUAAUAAUCUUAAUAUGUAACAUACCGCAUACAGUUCCAAAGCGUUAGAUUUUAUAUUUAUUAAGUUCUAUGCUCGAAUGAGAAUUUCCGUAUUUAUAUUAACUAAUUAAAACGUAUUCUUUAAAAAAUUAUAAUGGUGGUAAGUUUAGUUGUUAAGCAAACAACGUAUUAAUUAGGCUUCAAAAGUUUCACAUUGUUAAGACGUAAUAUAUUGGGUUAUCAAAAAAAAUGGUGAUGUGAAUGGUAUAAUUUUACUUUUUUUUAAUAAGCCUGGGCGUCUUUGAUAAUUUCAUGAAGAUUGUAAAUUUAUAAAAUCAUUAAAACAUUUCAUAUUACUAACUAAAGGAAAUAGAAUUAACCGCGCGAAACGACUUAAUCAAGAAUACUUAUACGUUAAUAUAUCUUUAGAAAUAAUAUUUGUACGUCAAUCACUACAGAAUUUAUAUCCUAUAUCGGAUUUACAAAGUACUUCAUCUUUAGAUAAACAACAGAUAAGAUUCAAGCCUCAGUUACUUUUAGGCUUUUAAAAACCUCUACAUAUGUAAUAUUGGUGCUUGUUUCAAACAGACACUAAGUAUCAAAUACGAUAUUAAAAUUAAAACAACUUGGUUUCUGUAUUUUUUUAACAUCGUCGUUAUGUAAUACUUCAGUAGCAACACAGUUGCAAUAAUAUAUUUUAAUAUAAUGAGCCCACAGAAUACAAAUAUAGUUGAACAGGAAGUAAUCGACGUCCGCAUAAUGGGUUAAUUUGAAUAUUUUUUAUAAGAUUGUUACAUGUUUGUAAAGAUAUUAAGCUACGAUAAUAGAAUUAGUUGAAGGUAUUUUAAAACGUUUAAGUACAAAGACUAGCUUCUAAGCUUAUUAAUUUAAAUGAUGUAAUUUUUCAGUUGCAAACAAGUGCAAAUUAUUUUGUAUGAUUACUUAUAUAAUGCACAUUUUCCUGCGAAUUCAUAGUUUACUCUUACAUAAAAUCAAGCAGUCUCAUAAUCCUUUUAUAUCGAAUAUUCUAAUGUGUUGAAAGUACACACACAAAAGUAGCUGAACAAAUUCAAAACUUCAAAUCGCCUAUAGACGUUCAGUUUAAUUGAAUCAAUCAUUUAAAUUGCCUGAAAAAAAAAAAACUUUAUUUCAAAUUUAUGCGAAAAGGAUAUCGGUACACAAAAGGGUAUAGGCAAUAAUAUGAAGAUUUGAAUUUGUUUAGCUACUUAUGCGGGUAACUGCUUUCAGCUAAGUAUAUAUACGAUUGUAUGCACUGCACUUAAUUAUAAUAAGAAAUUAACAGUAGCUGUAUGAAGUUUACUAAUUGUCUAAACAUGACAGCGCUUUAGUUCUAAAAUUAGAAAUUUACAGCGAAAUUAGAAAUUAAAGUAAUAAGGUGCUUCCACGCAACGAAUCAAAGUGCCCUUAAUUUACAAAA